AAUCGAAUUAAAGAAUUUUACAGAUUUCAAAAAUACAUGUAUGUCUACAAUAUCAUUUGUUUUAUAAAAUCGUUACGUUUGUUGAAAAAUCGCUCAUUAGUUAACAUUGUUUUGCGCGCAAAGUUUAAUUUCCAAUGAAUUCUUUAUCAGAUUAUUUAAGAAACUAUUUAAUUGUUACAAACUCAUCGGAUUAUUUGCCACAACUAUACAAGUUGUGCCUGGCAAAAGUGAAAAAUGGUCGGGUAAUAGCAAUCAUUACCUCGCAGUUGUAUGACUUUUCCAAUUUAUUGUUGGAAUUAGACAUUAACAAAGAUUUACUGAAAAACUUAAUUAUAAUGUAUUACCAAACCAUUGAUGAGAUUUCUCGCAAAUUAUUACUACUGCACAGUUGGUCUCUAUUGCCAUCUUUGGUUGCAGUCGAUUUGUCGCAAUUAUUAAUUGCACAAUCUGCUGCUAGUCUUUCUACCGCUUCCAUUAUGCAAAAGGUAACCCUCUGUACCGUUUCUUUGUUGACAUAUUUGCAGUCCAUAGCUGCCCAAUUGCCAAAAUGUUUAGAUGAUGGGCACAUCUUAUGUAUGACCACAGGUUUGCUGUUUUUACGUUCGGAUGUGGAAAAUUUUGGUAAUACUCAAAUACAGACCUUAAAAGACUUGUAUUUUUAUAAAACGGAAAUGUAUGAUGAAUUUGCUGAUGUCGCCUACAAAAUAGAGGAGAAUUGGUGAAAUGAAAGGUA